UUCAUGCAACAGUUUUAUAAUGAGACCUACCAGGGACGAUACAGUAAAUAUAUGGACGAGAGCUUGAUGACCGCCCUCUGGUCUCUGAGUGUGUCCUUCUUCCCACUUGGGGGGUUCUUUGGAUCGCUGAUGGUGGGGCCCAUGGUGAACAACUGUGGCAGGAAAGGCACCCUCCUCAUCAACAACAUCUUCUCCAUCAUCCCUGCCAUCCUCAUGGGGAUCUCCAAGGUAGCCAAGACCUUCGAAGUGAUCAUCAUUUGCCGUAUCAUUAUUGGCAUUUGCGCAGGUGAGACCUCAGCGUUAAGACACGAAGGGCAACCUCGCCCAUUUUAG